AUGCGCUCAUACCUCACUCUUUUGAUGGCGAUGGUCGUAUUUUCGCUGUGCGAUACCAGCGAUUCGGGCUGCGCUAGUGCCAAGCGAGUCAGUGUCAACCUGGAUCCUGUGGUGGCGGAGAAGAAUUGGGGCAACCGUCGAUUUUGGAAGGGUGGCAAGUCGCUGCGGGAUUUUAUGAAGAAGGGCCGCGUUAACAGCAAGCAGCUCGAGUUGGUGAAGACCAACCCAAGUGCGGUGAAGCAGUUCGAAGGGAUCAAGAAGAAUCCGUCCUUCAGCAGCAUCAAGUCCUCUGUCGAGAUCUCAAGGCCCAAGCCUGUCAUUCGUCAAGAAAUCUACCAUGGAAAAAUUGAAGACCAUCGAGAAAGAGAACCUUGA